AUGUGGGUCACUAAUGCCCUGCUAAAUAAUAACCCGAGAGAUCGCUGGAGGCCUUUGUCCUCUUUGUCGGACACUGUGGAGCGUGGUGUGGAUCAUUCGCUGGCUGACGCCGCUGUCGAAGAGGAAGGUCCACCAGCCAAGAAAGCCAGGAACAUGCAAACGGUCGCUGUUCAGGUGCAGCAUCCUAUGCAGAAAUCUGUUGGACAACGUAUCAAGGAUGCCCUGGAAACAUCACGCGGUAAUUUGCUCUGCUGCUCACCGGAUGGCGUCGACACAAACAUCGCUGCUGCUGCCGCUGCUGCUGCUUCGUCCGCUCACGCAUUGGGCGCCACACAAAUUAACACAAUUCGCAUCAUCGGCCAGUACCUCAAAGAUCUUGGCUUGGAGGAAACGGUUGCUACGCUGUUUGCUGAGAGCGGUUGCCGUUUGGAGGAUAGUUUAGCGGUGCGCCUUCGCGAGUACGUAUUAGCUGGUGAAUGGGACCAUGCGUUAAGUAUUGCCGACAAAAUGGCACCGUUUGUCACCUGUCAAAAUUUGCUGCAUAUUCGCAAGAAGCUGUUUGAGGAGAAAUUUGUGGAUUUGCUUGUCAAAGAGAGGGUGCUGGAAGCGUUGAGUUUGUUGACAGUAGAUUUUCCAUCCGAUCCAGCAUUCGGCGAUCGUCGAAAUUUCCUUGCAACACUGCUUUAUGUUGACCCAAAGACUGUGGAUGUGUGUGCGAAAACAGGUGCUCACUUCACUCGACGAGCAAGAAAUGCUUUGGUCGCUGAAAUACAGGAACUGCUGCCCACUUCGGUCAUGCUUCCGAGCAACAGACUGGAAAAAUUGCUGACACAGUCUUGGAAGAUGCAGUGCCAUGAAUGCUAUUUGCAUGUUAGGGAUGAUGUUGAACUCACUCCGGACUACAUUCUGGAAGAUCAUCAAUGCGACUGGGACGAGUUUCCCUUAUUCACUUCUCAGGUAUUAUCAAAACAUUCGGAUGAAGUUUGGUGCGUGCAGUUUUCGCCUUGUGGAAGAUACUUAGCGACGGGCAGCAAAUCUGGACCUGUGCAUGUUUGGAAAGUACUUAAUGCCACUGCUGUGGAAUCAUACAGGGAACUUGCAGUACGAAAAGGCUGCUCAGUGCUGACGUGGAGUAGUGAUGGGGUUUUGCUUGCAAUAAGCUCAAGCAGUGGUCACCAGGCCGAUAUUUACAUCUAUGAUGUGUGUGCUGGCUCCAUCUUCUGCUCAAUCGAAAACAAAGCAAACGACAGCACCGUCAUGACAUUUGUGCCGAAUUCAACUCCCUAUCGACUUGUUUGCGCCGACCAAGUGGGCCACUUCAAACAAUAUAUUUUAUCGAAGGACGGUGCAAAGACCGAUGGAAAAUUUGAAGGAUACAGGAUCCGCGCUGUUCACUGCUUACAGGAUGGGGCUGUUCUAGCAGCAGACACGCACAACAGAGUUCGCAGUUAUCGAUUUAACGAAGACACCGAUGAAACGCUGAUUGAAGAGUGCAGCCCGAUAUCGACGUUUGUUGUUGAUAAACCCGAAAAUCGCAUUUUGAUUGAUACAAAAUUGCAUGGCUUACGGCUUUGGGAUUUGCGAUCUCGCACACUGAUAAGAACGUUUAUUGGUGCACCUCAUCAGAAUUUUAUUAUCCAUUCAGCUUUCGGCGGCCCCAAGCAAUCAUACAUUAUCACGGGUGGAGUAGAUGAAUAUGUAUAUGUGUGGAACGAAAUUUCGGAAAAGCUGAUCGCGAAGUUAUCUGGACAUGGAGCUCGUGUGAAUGGGGUGGCGUGGAAUCCGAAAUUACCGAUGAUGAUUUCAUGUUCGGACGAUUGCACCGCUCGUGUUUGGGGCCCAAUUUCUAGUACUGAUAAGUCUUGUUUUCGAUACAAAUGA